AAACUUUCAUCAAAAGUAAUAACCAUUUAAAUAUAUUAUAACUCUUAAAAAUAAGCCGGGUUUAUUUACCAUCGGCGCCGCUAAGUCCCACCCAUUUUCAACCCUCGACAAAUAGGAUAACAGCAGAGGCGCGCGCGCGAAAAUUUAUAAAUAUGUUUUGGCGGUUAAAAUCAGUUGCACGCGGUGAACGAUACGGAGUGGACGUGGUUGGAUUUUUUAAGUGCGUCGAUCGAUCGACGGAUUGUUGUGUUACGUCGUUAAUCGUGUUCGUUCCACGUUGAAAGAUAGAAGAUACAAGGAAAAUAGAUUUAUAGCACUUAGAAGAAGGUGGUGUGUGUUUAAAUUGAGUGUACAAAAUAAAAAAAUUAAAUAGACAAAUGGAACUGCACACGCCAAAGCGUGAGGCCCGAGUCCUAGGGGAUGGAAUCCCCAGCAGUCCGCCGAUGUGUGACACGAUGUUGUACCCCUGGAAUUGGGGUGAAGAAGCUAGGAACAUAAAUUUGAGUCCAGGAAGCUCCUGUUCGUCACCUGAGUAUCGAGAACGAUCAGGUGGAAUAGCCGGGAUGCAAGCGGAAGGCGUUGGAUUAAACGAAAACGAACAUAAUAAUAAUAAUCACCACCAUAACGUAAAUGCCGGGGAUUGUGUGGACGGCGUAAGCGCCGGCGCCCGUUCAGCGUCCUCAGAAAAUCAUCGUCGAGGAAGACCGAGAGCUGAUGCCCUCAAUAAUUUAAUGAUGCAAGGAAGCACAUCACCGAGUAGUAUUAAAUGCACAUUUUGCAACAGGGUAUUCCCGAGGGAGAAGAGCCUUCAGGCGCACCUGCGCACUCACACAGGAGAGAGGCCCUAUCCAUGUGAUUAUCCGGGCUGCACAAAAGCAUUUACUCAAUCUGGGCAGCUCAAAACGCAUCAGCGUCUCCACACUGGUGAAAAACCAUUUUUGUGUACAGAAGCAGGUUGUGAGAUGAGAUUUACGCACGCCAACAGACACUGCCCUGACCAUCCGUAUGCAACUUUGACUAGAUCAGAUGAUUUUGUGUUGAAACCUGUAACGGGAAACACAGAACUUCCACACGAUGUUACCAGAUGGUUAGAACGUUACAAAAUGUCUAGAGAAAGGGAGGACAGAACACCAACGGGUAAAAAUGAGAGGAAGAAAAAGGCGUGGAAAUGUAGUGUGGAUAAUCAUAAGAGGAUAAAAUCUAGGAAAGGUUUAAUGAUGGACGCAGUUGGCGAGCAAGAAAAUUUGGAUAGAAAAAUACAAUCUAACCAAAGGCUCUACUGCGGCGAGAGUCAGGAUAGCCAGGAGGAAAGCCAGGAUGAAGAUCCGGCGGAGACUUGUGCCAUGUUGCAAAUGUCGGAGGAUGAAGAAGCUCAGACUAACAAAUUACCCAUCACACCUGUCCGUAGACCUCUGGAUAGACUUCAACCCAAGAAACGGUGGCUUAGAGAAGCCUGCCUAGAACAACAAUUAGCGAAACCUCUCAGAUGGGAUCCCCCAUCGAAUGGGGAAACUGCACGUGUUCAGUUUAGCACCUCACUCAAUGAGGGUUCUCUCAAUACUCCAGAACAAACUUCAGACUCAAGCUUAAGCAACUAUAACGAUACCUUAUCUGCAAAAUCAGAGAUGGAGAUGCUAGAUUCUAUCUCAGUAGUGUCAAAUCCAAACUCUGAAAUAUCUUGGGAUCUAUCGGUCAAAGUUCCUCCUAUUGGGCAUGAAGUUAUUAUAGAAAACACAGCCCCUGACUCAGCCGUCGAUGUUUCUAGAUCCAUAACAGAUCUGCCCUGCUGUUGGGGUUCCGUAACGAGUGAAUUACCUCCAAGUGACCCUGGUCCAAAUUCUUUGCCUAUUUCAAAGAAUCAAAGUUGGGAUUUAACCAAGUCUGAAGAACUACUGCCAACUGUACCGAAAGUCACACCAGUCAAAAGUCACCAACUUUGCACCCCUUCUCCUUCAGUCCUGGUUUGUGCAAGGGAAAAUGAAAAAAGACCAACGGUUCUCAUGCUUGCCGGUAGUUCCAGCAACAAACAGGAAACUGGUAGUAAAGAAGCCUCGCCUAAGACGUCUCUAAAUCGGUUGAGGAUCGAUGAAAAAGCUGGCCCCAAUGUAAUCGUCAUCAAGCAAGAGAAGAAUCAGGAAGAUUCUAAACCUGAAGAUAAUCAAAAGUGGCUUGGGGCCUUGGCGCUAAUGGAGCUUGCAAAAACACAACAAGAAGCAGCCCGCGCACUAGCACUGAAAAGGGACCCAGGGUCCCUGAUUAUGUCUACUCACAAACAAUAUGCCCACCUUUAAACUGUGAUCCAUAUGUCCGAAAGCUUUCUUCAAAAUUUCCAGGAUUGCGAACAGAUACUGUUUUCCGAUUCCCCUUUGGCUCUUUUUGGUUCUUUACUGUUCAUUCACAUCUCUUGUUUCUACAUUUGUUGAGGCUAUCGUCUCAGAGUGAAUAAAAAGGCUGAUGGCUAAUUUGUGAUGAAAAGAUAAUUCAGGAGGGCCACAGGGAUGAAUAGUUGACAAAGGAAACUCUGUCUCAUCGCAUUCCUGCAUCAUUUUCUUGCAACAUUUGUUGAGGAAUCGUCCGUCUCAGUUUAAAUCUGCAAAAAAUGCAAUUCACACAAUUGUUUAAAUUUCUUUUCUCUCUCAAUUCCUUCUCAAACAAAAGUAGAGGGUCACGACAAUCGGCAGCUCAGAGUCCUUUUAAACGCACAUUCCCAGUCUGUUUUUCUUUCUUUUUUGUUUUAAAUCUUAGAAGGACAUUGUUCAAAUAAUUUUACUCUAUGAUCAUCAAACUCAGUACGCCAUGAAUUAUUUUAAAUACUUAACGGAUCGCAACACAUUAUUAAAGAUUCGAAUAUUUUCUGUUCAUUUUUUUUUCGUUAGUAUUACUAUUACCACCACUUCUAUUAUUACUCUUCACUGCUACUCUUUUCUGCAUAAGAUAAUAGUUGCAAGUUUUUAUAGAUAUUGGAAAACAGAAAAAAAACGAUUCCAACGAAAAAUGUUGUACGUUUAAUGUUAAUCUACUACUACUACUACUACUACUAUUAUUAUUAUUAUUAUUUUUAUUAUAUGAUAUAGUUUUAUGAAUUUAUUAUGAAUAUGUACGACUUGUACCUGUUGCUACUCUACAAAAAAAAAACAAAAAAAAAACGA